GGGCGACCUUACUAUCCCUCUUUCUUCUUGGACAAUAUUGGACAUCAUGAGCGCCUUCCCGGCAUCAACCAUUAAGGACAUUGCAGAGUCCGUUGGCAUCCCAAAUUUAAAGGAUGAUGUGGCUAAUUCACUUGCCCAGGAUGUUGAAUACCGCAUUCACGAAAUUGUACAGGAGGCCAUGAAGUUUAUGCGUCAUGGUAAACGUACCAAACUCACAGUCGACGAUAUCAACAAUGCGCUUCGUGUGCGUAACGUUGAGCCGCUCUAUGGAUUUAGUUCUGCUGACCCUAUGCGAUUCAGAAGGACAACUGUAGGGACAGGCGCAACUGGAACAAGUGAUGUCUAUUAUGUGGAAGACGAGGAGCUUGACUUUGAGACUAUCCUAAGCACACCACUGCCUAAAGUACCAUUAGAGGUCACCUAUACUGCGCAUUGGCUUGCAAUUGAGGGCGUACAGCCAGCUAUUCCGCAAAACCCAACACCAGUAGACGCCAAGACUGAUCUUUUAAACAAGCGAAUCAAGCUUGACCCCACGGCACAACCUGUCAUUCCUGGAAUUAAAUCAAAUACCCAUAACAACGCUAAUACCAACGGCAUUAAUCCAAGCAAUGGGAAUCUUAACAAUACUAGCAACGGAGACGGCGCUGAAAUCAAACCACUUGUUAAACACGUGCUGUCAAAGGAGCUUCAAAUGUACUAUGAGAGAAUCACAAGUGCUGUCCUGAGCCAUGAUGAGGUUUUGAGAGCAACUGGGAUCAGUAGUUUGCAGAAUGAUCCAGGACUUCAUCAAUUGCUACCUUACUUUGUACAACUUGUAGCGGAAAAGGUCACUCAAAAUACUAGGAAUCUACCGGUACUCGUAGCAAUGAUGGCGAUGGUUCGCGCUCUGCUUGACAAUGAUAACCUUUUUAUUGAACCAUAUCUGCACCAACUUAUGCCCACCAUUUUGACUUGUGUUGUCGGCAAACGAUUGGGCGAGUCACCGGCGCAGGAGGAUCAUUGGUCUUUACGAUCCACAGCUACAGAUAUCAUUAUAUUAAUAUGCAACAAAUAUGGCAACUCUUAUCAUACUCUACAACCUCGCGUCACCCGGACUUUACUGCGAGCAUUCUUAGACCCAGAAAAGCCUCUGACAACACACUAUGGAGCAAUUUUAGGGCUUUCGCGUAUGGGUAAUGAGGUUUUCAAGACUUUGGUAGUACCGAACUUGAAGACAUACUCGAGUGUCAUCGAGCCUGAUUCUAACAGAUCAGCCUUGGACCAGGAUGAUGACGAGUUUAUGGAAGUUGAAAAUGACCAUUCAGAGAAGCCCAUCAAUCCAAUUCGAAGGAAUGAAGUCGCACAUUGUUUGGAAGCACUUAUGACUGGGCUACGUGCACUAAUCAAGAAUGAGACAGCGAAGGCUGGUAUAGUAACAAAGCCCGAGCAAUCGAUCGAGGAUGUUCGUGAGCCACUUUCCCAGGCUAUCGGACCGGUCCUGGCAAAGACUGUUCUUCGUGAUCCAGGAAUUGAGCAACAGAUCCCAGGAAUUAUUGCAGUCAUAGAGUGCUGUUCAUAAAAUAAAGCAUUCGAUUGUAGUAUAUGAGUG